AUGGCUCAUGAUUUACUAUCGCCACCAUCAUUCACGUGCAAGACACGAUGUAUCAGCGCGUUGUUGCUUCUGCUUGAAAUAUUGAGCAUUGCUGCACUCUUCGCGCUAUACGCUGUAGCUUCUCUUCAUCGAACGACAUUAUUGCUGAGCUUCCUGGUGGGAAUAACGAGCAUUCUCUCAGGAAUCCUGGGAGUAUGCAGAUCGACACCGGCGGCAGUUGGAAGCUUUAUGGUCGCGAUCGGGUCGUGCUUUGGGUUUGCCCUGCUUGGAGGGCUGUGCAUCUUGUUCACGUCUGACGUGGAGUUGGAGGUUGCUGCAUUUCUUGACAAAUCGCUUGUGCUACGUGACAUUGAAAACCGAGAGAAGCUUCUGAAAAAGACUAAGAAAAUACUAGAGCUGGCUGCGGUUGUUCUCAUCGUGAAUGCUGUAGCUCACCUGUGUUUUAGCUGGUACCUACGUCGAGUGGUGGGCGAGCGACGCGCUGCUGUAGCUUUCCUGCAGAUUUUCAGCGUGAUCAUGUUUCCGCUAUCACUCUUUCUCAUUCUUGGAGGUAACUACAUUGUCGAUACCGGAACUCUCGCCUCCGCACCGUACGCAGGACUUGCUAUUUUUUCAAGCGGAAUGUUGCUGCUGAUAGUGGCUCUCCUGGCAUUUAUUGGUGGCAACUUCGAGUACCGUCGAUUACUCUCCAUCUGUUACUUAAUGUCAGCGCUUAUCGGAGCGUGUUUGGUCGUUCUGGCCAUCACUUGCUUCGCUGGACGAAGUUUUGUCGAGGACAAUAUCCUUGACAACUGGGAGAGUAUUCGUAUGCUGUUACCACCGACGUCACAAGUUGCAUACGACCGUGAGCGGUUCGCGGCAGUCAUGCGCUCCAACUUGAACACUGUUGCCUAUGUGGGGCUCCUGUCCGGGGUAUUCGUUCUAUCUGAAGCAGGUACGAGCUUAACUUUAAUGCGUCAUGCGUCGUCCUGGAAACAUCAACUUGCCCGAGCCAAACGCAGUAUGAAAGACCUACAGCAGACUGCAGUGGAUCUUGAACCAAUUGAGCCUAGUACAAAUAUCUCGCAGCCAGAGUCUCCGCUCUCGUUUCUCCAACAGUGGAUAAAGCACUUUGAAACCUCAACAAGGCGGCAACGGGUUGCCAUGCGGGUCGUGAUUGUGUUCAUUGUGCUGGCAGUCAUGUUUAUCCUUGCAGUCAUGUGCGCCAACGUGGUUUUCGUAGCCAAGUGCAGCAGCAUUGGCACUCAAAUCGCGUCGGCAAGCUUUCCUCUUGUCAACUCAAGCUCAGAAGGCACAACGAACGUCAUUCGUUUGCAGAAUUCUUUCUCCCGGGGAGAAAUCAUCGUGUCUCCAGCAAAUUCGACCGAAGCCAACGUGGACUUUAAAUUUUACUCAUCUAACGUACGUCCCGAACCUCACUGUUGUGAAUAA